CCAAAACGAACGUCAAGCAUCCAUUCCUUCCCCAACAAACAUACAGCAAACAUGUCUACUCCCCAAAUCAUCUCGGAUGAAGACUGGAGUCUCAUCGAGGACAUCUGGAGGAUGGAAACGUCGCUCAACGACACCGUUGAGCUGGACGAUACCAUCACGGAGGACGACGAGACCGUCAGCCUCCCAGAAACCCGCUCCCUUUCCACGGAGUUGGGGCAUUACGUUUCCGAUGAUGCUCUGGAUGAGUACUUCGUGAACCGGAACGCUCUUCCGAGCAUAACCAGCCAUCCGGAUGGAACUCCCAACUGGGAGAACAUCUUCGCCCUGGACCGCUACGUGGGGCGGCUCACCCAACCGGGUGGAGAUAGCGAGCGGAGACGGACACCAUUCGGCCUCCCCCCAGCAGCGUGGCCACCGGCUUCCUACAGCCGGAUGUCUACGAUGGACCUACAGCUGCCGAGAGCAACUCCAUCACCGGGACUAUUCAUGGCCCCCACACGUCCAGGCAUAAACCACAGGGAGCUCUUCCUUAAGUUACUUUCUUUAGUGCUAGCUUUUGUUUUAUACACAACUAUGUAA